AAAUCAUUUUAGUGGACAGUGCCUGCAUAGGACGGGUAUUUUUGCUAAAUUACUUGAUGAUGUAUUUAUAAAGCCUUUUGAAAUUUCUUGGAUAAGGAGUGAAAUUCAAGACAUUUAUAAAGAGCUGGAACUACUUGAGUAAUUGUUUUGCUUUCAAUGUCCUCAAUAAAAAAGAUGAUAGUUUGUCUUGCAAUGAAUACCAGGGGAUUUAAAAAAAGCAGUUGGCAUGAAGCAAACAAAAACAUCUGAAUUAUUUAAACAAAUAUUGACAUACAGCUGGAUUAUACAGGAAGUAGAAAAGAUGGUGAUAUAUUUUUACAAAAUAGAUGUCAAGUAGAAUACAAUCAAAAGUGGAAGACAAUUUUAAAGUGCAUACUUAAGACAUCAGAUGUGUCACAAGUUUUAUAAGGAAAGACAGUUUAUUUGACAUUAGAGUGAAUGCAGAUGUAACAAUGGUCAUUAUUUCCCUGCAUACUUCCAAGAAAUUUAACAAGUAGUAUAAUUGUGUUCAAAGAAGAUCAGGAAUAUUUAUACUACGACAUUCUACAUAACUUUUAUAUUAUCUCAUGGGAAAGUUGUUGGAGGUUAACUGAUAGAAUGCACUUUAAGAAGUUGCUAUUCUUCCAACAUAUGAUGUGCUGAUAUUAACCUAGAAACAAGCUUUUGUUAGGCGGAGAAACAUUUUUUUGUGAUAACAAAGUGAGGAAAAUGGUAUCAUCGUUAGCUCAGUUUUCACACUAUUGCAUAAUGUUUAACUGAUAACUGUACAAAGAUUAGUAUGUGUUCAUGAUUACAUGUAUGAAUGGCUUAUGCACCACUGAAUAUUAUUUCAUACCACUGAUGUACUCACACAAAUUACUUUAAUUAUAAGCAGUCAUACAUGUGUUUAAAAUGUUAAUAAAAUCUCAGGUGUAUUGAAUUUUUCAAGUUUAAUGAUGGAUUUCACUUCAUCACAUUAUGAUAUGACCCGUACUGAUUCUCAUCAGAGCUAAAUGUGAAACAAACCACUUAAAUGUCUGAAUACUGAGGAAUCGAAUCUAUAAAAAAAUUAAGUGAUAUUGACAGGGAUUUUGACUUUAUGAUUAUUAUAUUGGCACGAAUAUUAGAUUACUUUUAUCACCUAUAACGACUAAUUGCCAUAUAUAUGAAUCUGAUGAGACUUGUUAAAGUGGUUGUGAAUCUUCCACCGACACAAUGUCUUUGAUUGAUCAUUGUAAUACAUUGUGAUGGCAUAAUCAGCUUUCUUCCUGGAUUAUGAAAUCAAAAGUUGCAGAGCAAUGAUAUGUCAAGGUACUUUUAGGAAUUUGUAUGUAAACAUUACCGGGGAAAUCAUGUUUGUUUUACAGCUUCAUACUAUUGAGCACAUCUGAGAAUUAUUAUUAAUUGCUAGGCAUUGUUAUGAAAGUACUAAUAGUUGGACCUGUUCCUGAAGCAAAUAUGAUUAUUUCUUCUCUUUGGAUGAGAAACUCUUGACAUCUCCGAAGAGAUUUAGUCUAUACAUGAAGUACUUCAAUGAAAUUUGAAAGGAAUUGAAAGCAGUAAUAAAAUGGUUCUGUUACUUCCGAAAGAAUAAUUCACUUUACAGUACUCCAAUCGAAGCCUGGGAAUUGGAAGAAUUAAGGAAAGUAUUUAGAAAUAAAGGUCACUAGAUGGGAUUCUUUAUAUCAAUUUGUAGUUGAUUCAAUGUUUCCAGUUACUUCAACAAAACAUGUGCAUUUGACAUCAAAUUUGUAUAACAUUGAAUUACAGUUCACUGAUGAGGAUGGUAAAAAAUCAUCAUACGAGUCCAGCAGUGAGACAAAUAAGAAAGACAAAACAACUGAUUUCUCAGCGCUCAGUAAUGAGAUUGACAGAGACGUUAAUUUAAACAAGGAUUGUAAGCAAGGAAACAACAUAGAAGACAAUCAUCACUUGAUAUUCUACAAGGAUGUCAACAAUUUAGAUUCAUCCGAUUAUCACAUUGACAAGAAUACAGAUGUAGAAUUACCAGAAAGUGUGAAUUAUAAUCCGACUGAAAAUCAGCCUCCAAGACAUGAUGAUGUUAUUAAGGAUUCAACGUCAGAUAAGCAAAAAUUGUCGGAAGAGGAAAACCUUACAAUAUCUGAUCCAAAAAAUAAGUUGGAAAAUAUUAUAUUAGAAAAAAAAUUCAACAGAUGUGAACAGGAAAGGAAGGAUGAUAUUGAGAUCAACGAUGAUACAGCAAAGAAAGAGGAUGUUUAUGAAGAUGAAGAUGAUGAUGAUGUUGUAUUUGAUGAUAAUUUGUCAACAUCAGUAGUAACAGAACAGGUGGUACCUCUCCAUUUACAACAUUCCAUGACAGACAUGAACAAUCUGGCAAAAAAUCAAAGUUUAGAAGAUAAUAAUUAUACCAAGUUAUCAGCAGUGAUAUUGAAAAAACAAGUGAACAGUAAUGACAAUGGUUUGCUAACAGUGCCAACUGGGUCACACAAUAUAACAUCUGAUUUUAAACAAAACAAAAGUGCUAGUGGGAACUUUCUCAAAAGAGAUGUAAUUAGAAGAUUUGGUCCAUCAUGUCCAGUUAUUCCCCGGUCAUUGUCAGAAGAUAUACCAGUGAUUGUACGCAGACGAGGGUGUACCUUGCGUGUUCGUAUUGCUUCAAUCACAGAAGGAGAUCUUGAAAGGUUAAGAGAAUCUGAUGGCGGGGCACCUCAUUCACCAGGACCUCCAUUAUCUCCGAGUGCUAGCUAUAGACGGUCACAGGAGGAUAUUCCCUUCUGUAAUCCUGGGGGUAUACGACGAUUACAAAGGACAUUGUCAGAAGAUGUACGACAGCGUAGAAGAGAAAGUCUGACCUUGCCAAGUUCUCCAAUAAGUGUUCCAAACAAUCUGGUUACUGCAGGAUCCAGUAGUAGUUGUACUAGUAGUAAUACAAUAGGACAUAACUUGAAUGCCCUGCUAGAACCAACAAAUCUGAUGAGAAUGAAGAAUACAGUGCUUGGUCAGUCUGCUCCCUCGUUAACAGCUGGAAUAAAAGAGUACAACAUGUUGAACAAGCGAGGGAAAGUGAGAAAAUCUCUUGUGAAUACAUCUCCAGUUUUGCCAAUAAGAUGUCCUUCUCCACAACAAACUCAAGGUCACAGCCCACAUGAUAGUCCCAGAAAUAUGUCCCCAAGUACUCAUGGUAGUUUUGCUUUCAACUCAGCGCAUAACCAAGUUAAAAAAUGUGAUGGUAGACGCUGGUCUUUUGCCUCCUUGCCAUCUUCAGGUUACGGGACAAACACGCCAUGUAGCAGUUCUAAUGUAUCGUCUCAGUACUCAUCACAGGAGAAGUUAAACCAGUUACCAUACCACCCUAAUAAUGAGGACCUGGGUCUUUAUGCUAAGCAUUUCAGUGGUCCCCAUGAAGGUCACAUGAUAAGCCUAGACGACAACGAUGGUCGACAUUCUCCACUGUCGCCCUUUCAAAGACCUCGAUCUAGAAGCCUCAGUUUAUCCUGGCUUGCCUUGAUUGAUACUCCAGGGGCUUCCCCAGGGGGAGAUGAAAUAGUGAUGAUGAAUGGUGUAUACAAAGACAGAUUUCCGAAGGCCACAUCACAAAUGGAAGAAAGGCUGAGGAAUUUCAUAGAUCUCCACACUAAAAUGGAAACCAACCAUGAAUGUGAUGCUAUAUCUAGAUUCCUACAUAAACAGGUGUUAGAAAUGGCAAAGAAUACCCUGGAGAAAUCAGAACAGAAACAAAUUACAAGUUCCUACUUCUAUGAAGUUUCUGAGAGUCUAGAAAAGCUAGUCGAGGAUGCUGAAGAAAAAGAAGAAGAAGCAUAUAAUUAUAUCUACCCUUUGAUCAAGAAACUGUUACUUAUAAUAUCCAGACCAGCUCGCUUGUUAGAAUGUUUAGAAUUUGAUCCAGAGAAAUUUUAUAAAUUACUGGAGGAAGCAGAAGGACAGGUUAAGGAGACUGUAAAGAAAGAUGUCCCACAAUAUAUAUUUAAUAAACUAGGACUUAAUAAAGAUUCUUUAAAAGAAUUAACAGACCCUCCAUUGUUAGAUCCAGAUGAAAUAGAUACAACAGAUGAGGCAAGAAGUCAUGUUCCAAAGUUUAAAACACCUACAGAAGAUGACUUUGAGACCAUUAAACUUAUCAGUAAUGGAGCCUAUGCGUCAGUGUACUUGGUACGACACAGAGGAACUAGACAAAGAUUUGCAAUGAAGAAAAUCUGUAAACAGAAUGUAGUUCUGAGGAACCAAACUGAACAAGUAUUUACUGAACGAGAUAUCAUGAGCUUUACAGACAAUCCAUUUGUAGUUAGCAUGUACUGUAGUUUUGAAACACAGAAACAUCUGUGUAUGGUGAUGGAAUAUGUAGAAGGUGGUGACUGUGCCACACUGUUAAAGAACUCAGGGGCUCUGGUUUUUGAUUUGGCAAGGAUGUAUUUUGCUGAGACUGUUCUGGCAUUAGAAUAUUUACACAGUUAUGGUAUAGUUCACAGAGAUCUCAAACCAGACAAUCUGCUCAUCACAGCUACUGGACACAUUAAGUUGACAGAUUUUGGUUUAUCAAAGAUUGGCUUGAUGAGUUUGACAACAAAUUUAUAUGAGGGAUCAAUGGACAAAGACUGUAAACAAUUCCGAGAUAAACAGGUUCAGGGAACACCAGAAUAUAUAGCUCCAGAGGUGAUCCUUAGACAAGAAUAUGGCAAGCCAGUAGACUGGUGGUCAAUGGGAAUUAUAUUAUAUGAAUUUCUGGUUGGAAUAGCACCAUUUUUUGGAGAUACACCGGAAGAAUUGUUCUCUCAAGUCAUUAACGAGGAAUUAGAGUGGCCAGAUGAAGAAGAUUGGCAGGUACGAGAUGAUGCUAAAGACCUAAUAGCUAACUUACUACAACAUAACCCAAUAAAUAGACUAGGUUCUGGUGGGGCAGCUGAAGUCAAGGAUCACAUUUUCUUCUAUGGUUUAGACUGGGAUAAUUUACUGAGAAAAAAGGCUGAGUUUGUACCUAACCUAGAUGACGAUGAAGACACCAGUUAUUUUGAUCCUCGUUCUGAAAGAUACAAUCAUGAUAUAGAGACAGCAGAAGAUACUGAGGAUGAACCUGAAGAUUCUCUCUUCCAUAGUUUUAACUCAUGUUCUCCUAGAUAUAGUAAAGUCUACAGUAAAAUAGAAGAACUACAUGAGUAUCAAGAUGGUGAAAGUAGAAGGCAGAAUCCAGAAGGUGAAAGUAGAAGGAGACAUUCCAGUGUUGAUGAUAUGAAGACUAAAAUGUUACAGUUAGAGAGGGCAACAUUAGAGAGGAAGGAUUCUAACCUAUCAGAAAGCUCUGACACGUCUCUAGAACUACAGUCAAUCAUGAGACAGGAGACAUUAAGUACGGGUACAGACUCUACAGAUAAAACUGAUAGUACUAUAAUCAGAAUGGAUGAAGAUGUGUUCAGUUCACCAGAAUGCACACCUAGAUUCCAGCAUCCUAAAACUAGCACCCCUGAGUCUGGCAAAUCUGAAAAGGAAUAUACUGCCACCAGGAAAGAGAAAGCACCACCUAUUAAAAGUAUGAUUCCAAAGUUUGCAAUCUCUUCUGAUGAUGACAAUAUCAUAACAAGUCCUAAAGAAUUAUCCCCUGUUGAUGAGAAUAAAGAGAAGGAACAUAACUCUUCUUCAAGGAAACAUAUACAGAAAUCACUUUCAGCAACAGCUUUAACAUUGCUCAUCAAUCCUAAUGAUGAAUUUGUGGUGAAGCCAAUGACCUCACCAGGAGGAUCAAGUGCCAGUUCUAGGGACGGGUCCCCUUCACGAGACAUUUCACCUUUAGCUAGAAGUCUUAAACCACCACUGAUAAUAAAUAAAGGAGCGAGAGGUUUUGGUUUUACUAUUAACAGUAUUCGUGUGUAUCAUGGAGACUCAGAUGUGUACAGUUUACAACAUAUUGUUACAUCUGUCGAGCAAGAUGGUCCAGCUUAUGAAAAUGGUCUACGUCCAGGUGAUCUGAUAACACAUGUAAAUGAUGAGUUGAUCCAUGGUUUACUGCACACUAAUGUUGUAAAAAUGAUUCUAAAAAGUGGGAAGGAACUGCGAGUCAGGACAGUUCCACUUGAGAAAUCAGGCAUAGAAACAAUGGUCAGAAAGAAACGUGCUCAUCCAGGGAAAAUGGCUCGUAGAGCAACAAAGAAGAAAAGUGCAAAGGAGAAAAAUACUGAGAAAAAGAAAAGUAGAUCGUUAUUUCGAAGACUAAGUACAAAAAAGACUGAUCACAUUGUAUUACCGCCAGGACCACCACCAACAGGACGAUCUCACAGCAUAUCAGCAUUUAGUAAAUCUUGGUCUUGUGGUGACAGUGGCCAUGGAAUGGUUCGGUCAUCCCGCUCUCUUCCUAUACAAAUGCCAUGGUCACCAGACUCUUCUGCAGCAAAUUCUUCCAACAGUAGCUCACCUAGUUCUAGUACUCCAAAUUCUCCAGCAAGUAACUCAUCUCACUUUGGUCGACCAAGUUCUCUGCAUGGAUUAGCCAAACACAAGAAACAAGGAAGUUUGAAAUCACCACAUAGGAGGAAGUCAGUUCAUAAUAUUCCUCUAUCACCUCUGGCCAGGACUCCCUCACCCUCACCAUUGCCACCAUCACCCACCAGAAGUCCUAGUCCAUUAGCUUUUACACAAUCUUCUGCUGUUUAUCAUGCAGGUACCUCAAAUAUGCCACAACAAACUUUUCCAUCACAACUUAAUACUUCGGGAACCAAUUCGUCUCCACCAACAAAUCUGUCUCGCAAACAUUCUUUUACUAGACCAAAAAGUUGUGAGCCAAGUUCACCAUUGUUACGGAGAGCCUUAUCACCUGACAGGUUACAUCCUCAGUCUGCAGAAAAAACAAUCAUGCCGCAAAGAAAGGGGUCAUUACAAGAAAGGAAAUCCCAUCAUUUCGAGUCUUUGUGAAACCAGUAUGUAAUAAGACAAGGCAUUAACACAUGAAACUGUUAACUAACUUGGUCUUGAAACAGACUAAUAUGUAUUAUAACUUCCAAAUAUGUUCAUGUGCAGCUUUGUAUUCUUUAGUGAUUUAUAGAAUUAUUAGCUUGAAUUAUUGUGAUGAUCAAUUCUAAUAUAAAUGCAUUGUCUUUUGUAAAUUUAUGUAUACAUGUUGUUAAAUCAUUUUAUUUACACAGUAUUGUAAUUGUGAUUUAUAUAGCAUUAUUACACCAAUUCAAGACAUUAUAAGCAUUAGUCUGUUCCUCUUCAUCAAAACAAUAUGUUAUAUAUAAUUAACAGCUGUCAUCCUAUUUUCAUGUUUAUUCAAAACUUGAUUUAAGAUAUAAAAUUUCUGAAACAAAUUCUAUAAGAUUAAAAACAGUCAAAGAUGGAAUUUAUCAUGUUAGUAUCAUAUUAUAUCAAGUCCAUCUUUUUCAUCCCAUUUUUAUUUGGAUUUUUCAUGUAAUAGUAAUAUGCAAAUAAGUAAUGAAAUUUAUUUUCAUUUUACAGAGGAACAGACUGAUAAUAUUAAUAUUUUCAUUUUAAUAAUUCUAAUGUAUUAUAUUACUCUAAAACUCUAAUGUAUAGUAAAAUGAUUUUAGCUUCCAAAAUGCACAAUUCUUAUAGUAUGAAGGCUCAAAUUUAGGAUAAAUGUAGCAAAUCUCUGUAGUCAUUCCAUAUAUUGCAAAUAAACAGAGCUAUUAUGGGCAAAGGAAUCACUGUGGCCAUUUUGAUUGUAAAUAGAAAUUAGUCCCAAUCUAUAAAUAUAAAUCUAUAAAUAGACAUGGGAUAAUAAUCAAACUUAACUGUGAUGUAUACUUAACUACUAGGUGCUUUCAAUUUUCGGUGUAUUAGAGAAAAAUGAUGUCUUAAUUAAUUAAAUUAUGUUAAAUGGCAUUUUGUUUGUUAUUAUGAGAUUAUUCCCAUAUCUAAUUUUCAAACCAAAUCUAUGUAGUAUCAGUGCUGUGUUAAUUGUGUAGUGCUCUAUGAAAGUGUAAGAUGUGGCUGUGAUUUUUUUUUAAUAUUUAUUCAAUGUCUUGUCAAAUCUUUUUGUGUAUAUCUAGUAAUAUUCAUUUGACCAUAUAAUAUUCAUUUGCAAAGCAUUCAUACAAGGUCUGAUUGAGGCUGCAGACCUAAUGCUUUAAAAAAAAUUAAGUGAGUGGACAUUUUUGAAUGAAUAUAUUACAAAAUUAACAAAAGAAUAACCUCACCAAAAUUAAUAAGAUUGCAAAAUAUUAAGGUAUCUUGUUGACCCUUAUUUUGAGUAUUGAGGAAAUGUUAGAUUUCACAAUAAUAUACAUUUUUUGUUUACAUUUUGAUAUAAUUUGACUGAUUAGGUAAUUAAUCUGAUGUUUGUUGAAUAAAAUCAAAAUAAGCAAUUCAUAAUAUUAAUGUCCAUUUAUAUGUUCCUUAUUGUUAUAUGGACAGAGUUAUAUAAAAAAUGUUCAGUGCUUUUAGUAUUUGGUUUUAUUGUAAACUUUUUUUUUAAGUACCUGUAAGUGCUACUAAAUCAGUAUGAAAAUGAGUCGAAAGAAUGCUGUGAGUAUUUUUUUAUUCUUACAUUACGCGUAAACUUUUUAGAGGGAGGGUCAAAACUUUGCUUGAAAUGACUUUAUAUUUGAUGUUACUAAAUGAUUGGUGUAUAUAUUGUUAAUGUGUACAGAAGUUUGAAAAUUAGAUAUGGCAGUUGUUGUAAUCAUGUGAUAUUGUUAUGUCUGUAUAUUUUUGUAUUGAUCUGCUGCAGUCAUUGUCUCUUGUAUGCACAUUUAUGGAGUACAACAAACAAACCAAACUUUCUGGAUUUAUAGCUUGUUGUUCUGUGUGAGCCAAGGCUCUGUGUUGUAGACUGUAAUUAGACCUUUAAUAAUUUACUCCAAACAAGGACUUGGAUGUAGAGUUGUCUCAUUGGCACUAAUUCCACAUCUUCUUAUAUCAAGAUAGGACUGAAAUAUUUGAAAUAUAAGUUCUUUGUGUGGAAAUAGUUCAUAAGUUCAGCAAACAUCCAAUAGAAUGAUGAGUCAAAUUGUGUUUCACAAUUUUUUCGAAACUUGCUAAAGUAAAAUAAUAAAUCUUUUUUUUUUAGUCUUGAAGUCAAAUCUGUUUAUUGUACUCCAUAUUUUCACUUUAUUAUAAAAUGAUCUCAAAAUCAUAAGCAGCUGUAUAUCACAUUGUCAUUAUACCAUUACAGUCCAUGACAUUUAAUUCAUUGUUUAAUUCAUUGUUUAACUCAUUGUAGCAUGUCUGAUAAAAUGUACUUAUGAUAGAUGUUUUUCCUCCAUUUAUAUAUAUCCACUUAAUUGUUAAUACUAGUGAUAAAAUAACUUUGUUAUCCUUAAUUUAAUAGUUAGAAAUUGUCGUUUUUAAUUAGCAACAAAUAUUUUAUUCUAAAUUUUCCAAAGCUUUUCCGGUUAGAUAUAUAUUUCAUAAAGACAAAAAAGAAUGUUGGUUCUUAUUCAUAAUUUUUUUUCAAGUCAUAUUUAAUUUACAGAUUAAUUUCUCUAGUAGAAAAAAAAGUUUCAGGGAAAUCGGAUUUAAAGAGAAUUUUAAAGCUUAAAAAGAAUUGAAGGAAUAUUUGUGCAUUUGUAUAUGAAGGAGUAUGCAAGUAUUCUUCUAUCUCAACUCAAAUGAUCAGUAGAAAGAGACAUACAUCUUUGCUAAAAAAAUGCAAUUAAUUUGUGGGAAUUUUAUCUAUUUCAGUUUUGUAUUUUGUUAUCUUACGAAAAACACAUUUUAAAAGAUAGAUACUGAAAAUAAUUUGGUUAAUUAAAAAAUUAAAAUGACUUUAAAUAAAAGUACAGAUAAUUAAAAUAAUGAAGACUUAUAAAAGGUUGUACUGUAAAUUGAUUUAUUGUGUUAUGUAUCAAGAAAACAAUAAUUGUCAACUAAUAUUUCUUCUUCUUGUUGUGUUAAGGUAUUUGAUAAGGCUAAUGUUCUAGUGUCUAUUUCAAAAUUCCAUAAUUUAGUAUAAAUUAUUCUAGUCGCAUAUAUACAUGUUCUUUUCUCCAGCAAAUUGUAAGCAUUUUGCACAUCCUGUUUCUUAAUAUUUAACAAGGAUGUUUUUAAAAGAUAUAGUGUUGGAAAUUGCGUGAUAUGAAACUUGAGAAUGAAAAUGGGUAAUGAACUACUUUUGGAGAAAAAUGCCAUAAUUUCUUUAUACUUUAAGACUACCUUACAACGCCUUUUAGAAUACAAAAUGCAAUUUAAAAACCAUAGAGUGUUAUUCAAAUUUUGAAAUAUCAAACAAUGGUUUAAAAUAGUACCACAAUCCUCCCUCUUCAUAAGAACAUAAGAUUUAAAUUAGAUAAUGCUGUACAUCAUACUUUUAUAUUUUGAUAUUUUUUCUUUUCAAUAUUUGCAUACCUUGUAUAUUAAUUUUUAACUUAUUUCUAUUCAGCAAUUGUGUAUAUUUUCUGAUAUUUUUUCCCCCCAGUUCUGGUUGAAGUAUAACAUAUAAGCGGUAAUUCUAAAUUUUCGACACAUUCUAAAACCAUAACAGAAUUACAUGUAUAAGGGACCAAAUCCAUUUUGUGUCAUAAUGAAAAGGACAAUAAAUACUGUUAUAUCAGUAGGAUUUUUUAUCUCUGGAUUUUGUUUUUUUAUGAUAAAUAAUGAGUUUUGAUUUGAGUGGUAAAUAUAUAACAUGUCAAGUAUACAUAGUAUUUGUUUUACAUCAUUUUCCUUGUAACGAUUCAAUACUGUAUUUGGUCAUAUAUUGUCCGGAUUUGUGUUUAGUCCACACCCCCUCUUCAUCCUGUAGUUUCAAAAGGGAUAAUUUCAAAACUAAACAACUCAAUUAUUCUGUUAUUCAAUAAAAAUAAAGGAAUCUUUUCUUUUAUCCUUCCCCAACUUAAUACUUAACAGUGGUAGUAAGGAAAUGUUUGUAUUUUUCUAUAUUUUUUUAUAAUUAAGUUUUCACAGAAUGGUGUUUAUAUGGUAGUAAAUCAUUUAUUUUUUCACUUAUUUAUAGGAGAAUAUUUUUGUAAUAUUUCAUUUAAUCAUUAUACAAUGUGAUAGUUCAUUGCUGUGUUACAACUAGUCACUGCCUGUAUAUAAAUGUAGUAGCUAUUUUUCAUUCGUGCAUAUUAUAGAUGUUUCAGCUAAAACUGAAGUAAAAAGACAGAAAACUUG